UUAUGUUUCUUUCGUUUUCAUUUCCCGGAAGGCUCGGAUGUGAAAAUAGUAGAGUAUUAUUUCUUCGAAAGUUAUAUUCAAUCUUCAUUUAAAAUGGAGUUUGGGGAGGUUUGAUCUGCAGUUUAUUUCAUUUAUUGGACGAGUUAUAUGUCUGCUUAUAAGGAUAUCAUCCUGUUUUUUCGUACAGUCGAACAGAUAAAAGACAUUUCCAUGGAGAACAUUUCCCCGUCACCUUUGGUCAAGCAAGAAAACAGAGCAAACAGUCCUACAUCCAUAAUGCAUGCAGGGCAAGUCAACAGUCCACUCAGUGUGCAUCACCCCCCCCUAAACCAGCUUCCUUUGGUCAGUCCUCCCACUCAGGAAGACCUGUGGCAUCUACCUGGAAGGCUGCGAAUAAACCCAUCUCUGUGGGAUAAGGAGGAUGUUGCCCACUGGCUCCACUGGGCUCAGAAGGAGUACUCACUGCGCCGGCCUGAAAAGGGACGCUUUGAGAUGAACGGUCGAGCCCUGUGCCUGCUCACCAAGGAAGACUUCAGACGCCGCUGUCCCAGCUCAGGUGAUGUUCUGUAUGAGAUCCUACAGUGUGUAAAACAGCAAAGGAGGAGUGUUGUCUGUGACCCCCCAAAUACGUCUCCCUCCAUGGCAACUGGACACAUCCAGAGCCCAGUAAGCUGCCAGAUACCCCCUCAGAGUGUCCAAGAGCCCCAGCCUCCCACGGUCAAUGACACCCAAGUUUCCCUCGCUUUCACAACUGCAGUGUCGGCAGCUGCUGUAACCACUGUGACCAACCAUCCACAGCCCAUGCCACCUCUCAGAAAUCGUCCCCUGAUCCUUUACACGUACCCUGCUCCACUCACACAUAGUAAUGGAUCAGCAGCUGUCUCUACAUUGCUCCACAACCAAGUCCAGUGUCCUCCCCAAACAGAGAGCAUCACCCAGGAGCCGCUCAACCUGUCCAGUCGAGAGGAGCCAAGGAGCCUGCUGCACAAAGCCAACGGCCGCAUCCCAGAGUGCAGACUGCUGUGGGACUAUGUGUAUCAGCUGCUGUGUGACGACCGUUACCAAGAAUACAUCCGAUGGGAAGACCAGGACAGCCUGGUGUUCAGGGUGGUUGACCCCAAUGGACUGGCACGUCUCUGGGGAAACCACAAGAACCGAGACAAUAUGACCUAUGAGAAAAUGUCCCGUGCUUUGCGGCACUACUACAAGCUCAACAUCAUCAAAAAGGAGCGGGGACAAAAACUCCUCUUCAGGUUUCUGAAACUCCCACAGGGCAUCAGGAAACCGCAGGCUGACCCUGCCGAGUCACCAGAACACACCCCACCACAGGACGGGGACUUUCCAGACAACAGUCCUACACAUGAGUUCAGUGAGGACCAUUUUGAGGUUUCCCCUGAUCGUGCUUCUCCACAGCCUCCUGCAUAGUAAAAAACUGUGUAUUAAAUGUCCUAAAUACAAUACAACACAAAUUAUUACAGAAUAAAAUGGAGAUUGUCAGAAAAUAACCCAUGUAUGUACAGGUUUAACAAAAUGCACUGUUAGAUAUAUUGUUUGGAAUUUUUGCACCUUGAGAUUGCUUUUCAUUUUGCUAUGAAUCAAUGUGUCACUGUGAUCAGAAUGAACACUAAUAUUAAGGGAUGAGGAAAACUGUGAAAGAAAUCACAUUAAUAUUCAAAGAGCCAAAUAAUCAACAGAACUUAAAUCUUUCAAGGUUGCUCAACACAAGUGCAAUACAAAAGGUGCAUUUUUCAUUUAUUAUAUACUGUAGGUCUUGUCAGUUUGUACAAGUAGUACAGUUUAUUUGACAAAUAUCAAUUUGCUUUAUCAACAUCAAGUCGAGGUAUUUAUUAAGUUUCAAAUUUGAUAGUAUAUAGGUUAAUUGUCACAGUUUUCCAGCUUUGUAAAUAAGUAUUUUGUAUGGUACUUCUCAAAUUUGAUAAAUGAUUUCUGUUUA